AUGCAGCAUGGAUUCGAAAAGGCAAAUGAGCAGAUUGAAAGAAUGAAUGCUGCAGGAGAGAAGGUUCCCAGCCUCAUCAUCACUGUGACAGGCGGAGAACUGCUGUCAGAAUCCUUUGCAGAGACCAAGGUUGAAGCUGCAAAAUCUAAGCAGUUGGGGGAACUCUAUUUUGUGGAAGUGCAAGAUUACCAGAAAUACCAGCUACUGAAAAUUGCUGGCAAAGAGGGUCAUGUGUUUGGAGUGGACACUGGAUACAGCGGACUCAAAGACAUCGUUGACCCACUCCUAGCGAGGUCUUGUGUGCAGAUUACAUCUAUGGAUUUCUCCACUAUCUGCACUAGAGAUAAAAAGAAAGCAAGGUUAUUGGUUUUUAAAACAUAUACAAGGAUGAAGGUAUCUUUCAAUUUCGAAUUGGAAAGGAAACCACAGGAAUAAAGGCUGUAUCUGUGCAACAUACCUCCAUUACAUGCCAGGAAUGAAGAUAAAUAAUCCGG